AUGCAAUUCGAUAGUUCUGCACAACGAAACCUCAUUAUAACUUUAAUUCAUAAAAAGAAAAAGAUCGAGAAAUACAUUAUGCUGACUAGUAGUGGUCCCUACAGCCACUUGAGCACAACAGUUGCAUAUGUGUGUCAUUUGAAGUGUUCAGUCCUUCUUGACAACGUAGCACACGAAUGUCUCGGACACAACGAGACAAUGUUCGCGUUCCUCGUUCUCCAGAGGUUCGAUACCAUCCGUUCCACAUGCUACAUACCAUUCACCAGAACUCAAUCGGUUCUUUACACCCUCUGAGACUUUGAGCAUCGACGAUUCGGGUUCAGUAGUCAUGCUCUGUCGCAUGAUCUUUCUCAGUCGUAGCGAGUUACAGUUCUUGUCCAACGCGCCUUUGUCGGUCUUCGAGAAUCGACGCAGUCGGAAACCUUGGCCACCAUCGUCUUCUUCACCGGCAGCGCCACCUGCAGCACCACCACCCGUGGCUUGAUCGUAAUUACUUCCAGCUCCGACGCUAGAUGGUGCCGCUUCUUCCUCUGCAGGAGCAGUUUCCUCAGCUGCGCCGGCAGACUGUCCUUCACCGUAUGGCGCUCCUCCGCUUGGUGCUGGUGCAGGUGCUGGCUCAGCUGGCUCUGGUGGUGGGGGUGGAGGUGGAAUUGCGGGUGCUGGAGGUGGAGCAGCUCCUCCUUCAUUAUAGUUUCCUCCUCCGCCUCCACCUGAAUAGGUUGGUCCUCCGCCACCUCCACCUGAAUAGCUUGGCCCGCCGCCGCCUCCUCCAGAAUAGCUUGGUCCUCCACCGCCUCCUGCAUAGCUUGGUCCUCCACCGCCUCCUGCAUAACCUCCCUUAGCAUAGCUUUGUCCUCCACCGACUGGUCCUGCAUAGCCGCCGCCUCCACCACCGCCUGCAUAACCUCCUUUAGCAUAACUUUGUCCUCCACCGACUGGUCCUGCAUAAGAGGGAGCUGGUCCUGCAUAAGAAGGAGCUGGUCCUGCAUAAGAAGGAGCUGGUCCAGCGUAGCCGCCGCCGCCGCCUCCUGAAAAUUUCCAUGUUUCAAUGUUUGUUCAGACAACACCGGUGCUUUUCCAUAUUCUUUUUUUAUGGAUCAAAAUGAUGAAUUAUUGAUUAAUCGGAAAUUAAGAGCUUUGCAUAGUUUUGUUGAAGCAAACUAUUGGGAUAUUAACCAACAAUUGCCACUGCCGAACUGGGCUUUGGACCAGAAAGGUACAUGCAAACAACAAACAGCCGAUAGUCACACAAACUAAGCCUACUGACCGAAAGCGUUUGCGAGAGAUGGACCAAGAUUCGGUGACAAGAACUGUUCAGAGCAUUGCUACAUGCUCUCAAAUGUCAAAGAAAAGUUUUUCACAAAGAACAGUAUAAAUUUUAAAAUUUUUAAGGGAAACCCCUUCCCUUUCCCGUAUUUACACUACCUUUUCAUAAAGAUAAUAUAUGCAAAACAACGAAUAGAAUUAGAUCUUUUAUCGCUAUUUCUACAACUUGAUCAAUAAAAUUCUAUCGAAUCCUAACCGGCGUAAGCUCCGCCACCGCCACCAGGAGCGGCAUAACCGGCAGAAGGAUAAGCGCCACCUCCUCCACCAACUGCAUAACCUGAACGUUAAGUCAUAUUAGUGAAUGGUUAGUAUUAGAUACUAUAGGGAUUAAAAAGUUAUGAAAAUUAGUAA